AUGUCCAGCAUGAUGAAACUAGGUUCUGCGACUAGGAGCCACCUCGUGCGCAGCCUGGCGCGGAACACGUUUGCGCGUGUCGGUGGUGCUAGCGCUUGCCGCGCGUACAGCAACGGCGAGAAAAGCCUAAAGGAGCGUUUUGCCGAGAUUUUCCCAGCCAAGGCAGAAGAGAUUAAGCAGUUUAAGAAGCAACAUGGCAAAGUGGUGAUUGGCGAGGUGUUGCUGGAGCAGGCGUACGGGGGUAUGCGCGGUAUCCCCGGUGUUGUCUGGGAGGGCUCCGUGCUAGACCCGCAUGAAGGCAUCAGAUUUAGGGGGCGUACGAUCCCCGAGGUGCAGAAGGAGUUGCCCAAGGCACCUAACGGGCGUGAGCCGCUACCAGAGGCGCUUUUCUGGCUAUUGUUGACCGGCGAGGUGCCCACGGAGACGCAGACCAAGGCGCUUUCGGCCGACCUAAUGUCUCGUUCCGAGCUUCCCGGGCAUGUGGAGCAGUUAUUGGACAGUCUUCCUCGCGACUUGCACCCCAUGGCGCAAUUUUCGGUUGCCGUUACCGCCUUGGAGUCUGAGUCGAAGUUUGCAAAGGCCUACGCACAGGGUGUGUCCAAGAAGGACUACUGGAACUACACGUUCGAGGACUCGCUAGAUUUGCUAGGUAAGCUACCUGUCAUUGCGUCGAAGAUUUACCGCAACGUCUUCAAGGACGGCAAGAUGGGCAAGAUUGAUGUGGACGCCGACUAUGGAAAGAACUUGGGGCACCUUUUGGGUUUUGAGAACCCAGAGUUCGUUGAGUUGAUGCGUCUCUACUUGACUGUCCACUCGGACCAUGAAGGUGGCAACGUCUCUGCACACACUACUCACUUGGUUGGCUCCGCAUUGUCGUCACCAUACCUUGCCUUUGCUGCGGGUAUGAAUGGUUUGGCUGGUCCGUUGCAUGGUCGUGCUAACCAGGAGGUUCUAGAGUGGUUGUUCAAGCUUCGUGAGGAGGUGAAGGGUGACUACUCCCCGGAGACCAUCCGCCAAUAUUUGUGGGAUACAUUGAAGGGUGGUCGUGUUAUCCCUGGAUAUGGGCAUGCUGUCCUACGUAAGACCGAUCCACGUUACACUGCUCAGCGUGAGUUUGCAUUGCGUCACUUCCCUGACUACGACUUGUUCAAGUUGGUUUCCACUGUUUACGAGAUCGCCCCUAAGGUCUUGACGGAACACGGUAAGACUAAGAACCCAUGGCCAAAUGUCGACUCCCACUCUGGCGUUCUACUACAGUACUACGGUUUGACCGAGGCUUCUUUCUACACCGUGUUGUUCGGAGUCUCCCGUGCGUUUGGUGUGUUGCCACAAUUGAUCAUUGACCGCGCAGUUGGUGCACCUAUUGAGAGACCAAAGUCCUUCAGCACUGAGAAAUUCAAGGAGCUUGUCGCUUCUAAGGCAUCUAAAGCAUAA